CGUAGCCAACCCACGACUUUUGAGAUAGCGUCCCACGUACGACAAGGCGAUCGGCCUCUACACAGUUCUUCUCCUGGUUGUCCACUUUGUUCGGCUAAGCAUAUCCUCCGCUGCGCCUCUUCGCGAUCAACUCGCAAAAAGUUCACACGGUUCAGCUGCCGAAACGCGCGCUGGUCACGAGUCAAACGUCAUCGACAAGCCUCCACCCCAACACAUCCAAUCCGCCCAACAUGUCGUCGAGAAAGAAGGUGCUCCUCAAGGUGAUCAUCCUCGGAGACAGCGGCGUUGGCAAGACCAGCUUGAUGAACCAAUAUGUCAACAAGAAGUUCAGCGCAAGCUACAAGGCGACGAUCGGUGCCGAUUUCCUUACGAGGGAGGUGCUCGUCGAUGACCGACAAGUGACCAUGCAGCUUUGGGAUACUGCCGGACAAGAGCGUUUCCAGUCCCUCGGCGUGGCUUUCUACCGCGGUGCCGACUGCUGCGUGCUCGUCUUCGACGUCAACAACUCCAAGUCCUUCGACGCCCUCGACUCGUGGCGCGACGAGUUCCUCAUCCAGGCCUCGCCGCGGGACCCCGACUCGUUCCCCUUCGUGGUGCUGGGCAACAAGAUCGACGUCGAGGAGAGCAAGCGGGUCAUCUCCACCAAGAGGGCCAUGACCUUCUGUCAGUCCAAGGGCGGCAUCCCCUACUUCGAGACCUCCGCCAAGGAGGCCAUCAACGUCGAGCAGGCCUUUGAGGUGAUUGCACGGAAUGCGUUGCAACAGGAGGAGAGCGAGGAGUUUAGCGGAGGGGACUUUUCCCAGGACCCCAUUAACAUUCACCUGGAGAACGACAGGGACGGCUGCUCGUGUUAAUUCGCUCCUACUGAUCGAUUUUUAUGCUGUGGAUGGACAGAGGAGGACAGAGGAGGGUUACUAGGAAGUGGGCCGAACAGCGCGAGCGGUUGGCUGGCUUAUGCUCUGGGUCGUUUAUAUAUAAUCGCGCACAGUACACGGCCAAACUGUCAUCUUCUGUGGGCUCGAGGCGAUGAGAUCAUAGUGGCUGCCUGCAUUUCUUUAGGAGGAAGAGAAGGAGGAGGAUCAGGUUCUUUGGACGUGAGAGUGGGAGCGAGUGGCUGUCGAAGAAGGCAUACAUCCGGCCCGUACAGCAUGUGGUCGGCCAGGAAACAUAUUUUGCAGGAUGGUGAUGCGGGUUAUAUUGAUUACCAAGUGGUCUUAGGAGUACAAGGGCUGAAUAACAUCAUCAAUGACGAC